UAUAAGGGAAUUAUUACAUAGUUUGACAUCAGAUUAAGUUAGUUAAUUUAAAUUAUGUUUUUCGGUCUGGUACUUUAACUAUAUUCGUAGAAUUAAAAUAAUUUAUAAUAAUGUUGAGAACUACGUUGGAUGAGAGAAAAAAACAGUUAUUGGAAUUAAACGAUUUCAACAAAAAUAUCAGUCAAGAAAUCGCCAAUAUAACCUCUACUUUAGGAUGGACAGUAGAAAGUAUAUCAUGUGAUAAUAAAAAUUUCUUAACGUGUCCAUACGAUCCAUCACAUCGAAUUACAGAAGAAUGUCUCGACACACAUCUACCUGCCUGUCAAUGGAAAGCAGAAGGUUAUGGAAAAUUCAACAUUCCAUUUCCAGAAUCAGCUUUACCACCAAAUGCUCCAUCGAGUCUCCAGUUGGACGAAGAAUUACAAGAUGAAAUCUUACGACACGCAAAAGAACAAAAUCCAGAAAUGAAAACAGGUUUGGGUCAACGAUUAAUUCCACAUACAUCUGACAGACUCACCUCAGAUUUUACUAGCGAUGAGAGGAAGGCACUGUACGAAUAUGUGAUUGCUCAUACCGUUAAACCUGAUAUAGGUCAUGAUAUCGCUGAUAUAAAUAAACCAAAACCACAAGAUAAAGAUAAUAAAGAAAUGUCUCUUUUGGAAAUGCUUGUACAAGAACGCAAUUUAAAAAGGCGUAGAGCCAAGCAUAGAGGUGUGCACACUAAUAAGAAAUCUCAUAUAGAAAUUCUUAGAGAAGUUAUAAAUCAGCAAAUGGAGAUAUAUACAGAAUAUAUUUUAGAACAAAAAGAUGCUGCUGUAACAAGAAGCGAAUAUAGUUCUGAACAAGACUUAAAUACAUAUUCAGAUAAACAGAAAUUAACUGUAACUAAUCGUUAUGAAAAGCCAUCAGCAUCUACUCACUUCUCUCAGAAUGAAAAGAAUGGUCAACGUAUAAAUACGAUAUAUGAUCGCCGGCAAGAAAGUACGAUAAAUAAAAAUUACUCUGAAUCUAUAAAGUAUAAGAAAUAUGAGAAACGUUUAUCAGAUUCGAAGGAAAGACCAAAACAGACUAAACGAAGUGAACAUAGGCACAGAUCUCGUUCUAGAGAUUAUAAAUCACAUAAAAAACAUAAACAUAAAUCAAAAGAUAGUCACAUAAAGAAAAAACAUAAAUCUCGAUAUCAUGAUAGAUCAUCACAAGAAAGAGGUCAUUCGAAAUAUAGUGAUAUUAGAACAAAGGAUUCAUAUUACACAAAAGAUCGAUAGGUAUUUAUAAUAAUAUGUAUCACGUAAUUUAUUUAUAAUAAUUCAUUUAAGAAUUACAUUUAAGAAAAAGUGUGUUAUCCAUUUGUGUAGAAUAUUAAAUUAAAAUACUCAAAAAAUA